AUGUAUACGGUAUCAGAGAUUACUGACUAUGCAUUUUACAAUCUUCCCGCUUAUCAAAUUUUUAUUCCCGAAACAAUAAGAAAAAUCGGAAAAUAUUCAUUUGCAUCUGAUCGAUUAGUUAAGUUAGAUCUUUCGAAAAUGACCUUCGAUGUAAUUCCAGACUUUUGUUUCCAUGAUACACGUUCUUUGAGAGUUCUAAAGCUUCCUCAAUACAUUAGAACCAUUGGCUACAAAGCUUUCUUUAAAUCUCAAAUAUCCCAUGUAAUAAUUCCACGAACAGUAGAAAUUAUUUGUUCAAAAGCUUUUUGCAAAUCCAGUGUACUUGAAUUGGAUUUUUCGAAUACGCAUAUUGAAAUAUUCAAUAAUUCUGUAUUUGAAAACUGUUCCUUGUUGAAAUCUAUUACUUUACCAAGGGAUUUAUUACAAAUUAACAAUGGAUGCUUUGCUUAUUCUGCAAUAAGAGAAUUAAGCAUCCCGCAGACACUCCAAACUAUACAGGAAGGUGCGUUCGAGUUUAUGAUCAAUUUGGAAAAAAUUAAUUACAAAAUUGAUAAAAUUCGUGAAAUUCCGAACAAGUGUUUCAAUGGAUGCUCAAGUUUAACAUCUAUAUCAUUACCUAAUUCCAUUGAAUCAAUCGGAAACUACUCAUUUGCAAGCUGCAAGUUUGAAAAAAUAAUAUUUCCAAAAUCUCUCAAAAUUAUAGGAAAUUGCGCAUUCAAAUCAUGUUCCUAUUUACAAGAAAUCUCUUUUCAAGGUAUAAAUAUAAAGAAAAUUGGUGAAGAAUGCUUUUGUAAAUCAAUUAUACUUUCCAAAGUUGUUUUAUCAGAUACAAUCGAAUAUAUAGGCUCUUCAGCAUUCAAAUGCACAAUGGUCUCUGAUAUGAUCAUUCCGAAAUCAAUUCUUUACAUAGGAAAAAAGUGUUUUUCUAAUUGUAGAAUUUUACAAAAAAUUGACUUCACUUCGACCAAAAAACUGACAAAAUUUGAGGACAAAUUAUUUUACAAUUGCAAUUCAUUGGAAACUAUAAUAUUCCCAGAAAACCUAUAUUUUGUUGGUCAAAAUGUGUUUUCUUUCACAAAAAUCACAAAUAUCAAAUUGAAUUUGCAAGAAAUUGACAUUUUAGCAUUCGCCGACAUGGACAAAGUACAGACAAUUGACCUGGAGAGCUCCUCCUUCAAGGUCCUCUCUUCGCAUUGCUUCUUUAGAUGUUUAAACCUCAAUUCUCUAAAAAUACCAAAAACGAUAGAAAAAAUUCAAGAAAAUUGUUUCAAAUAUUGCCCGAUUUCGGACAUAUCUUUACGAGAUAAUUUGAUACACAUCUCGAAAUACACGUUCUCGUAUACUAACUUCGAGGUUUUGGACUUUUCAAAUUGCAGUAAAAUUAUGAAGGUUCCGAUGUUCUGUUUCCAAGGCUCCAUUUGGUUGAAGACUGUAAUUUUACCGCCAAAUCUUCGUGUUAUUAAGGAUUUCGCCUUCUACGAGUGCACAAACCUUGAAAAAAUUGAGUUUCCUCGAAAUUUAACUUCAAUUGGCAUCGGAUGUUUUGGUAAUUGCGUUAAAUUAGAAAGCAUCGAUAUGUCUAACUUGAAUGUAUCCGUAUUGAGUCAGAUUUGUUUGAAAAUUGUACAAAAUUGA